UGACAACAUCAUCAAACGAUUCGAACAGGGCCACAGCACACCGCCCGCCCUACGCACUCACCGCCUCCCCUCUCACUCUCCCGCCGAUCCAGCACCAGCACAAGUAAAGGUUCAGAGACAGAAUGGAUAUCAGUGCCUCAUCGCAAAUCGGCGCAAACCUCGACGUCACCAAACUCAGCGAUAGGGACAAACAGGAACUGCAGCAGUUUGUUGUUAACGAGAGCCAGAAGGCUAGGAUACAAGCUUCAAUCCACUCAUUAACCGACACCUGUUUCCGCAAAUGCAUACCCACAGGUACCGUGAAAAAGGGCAGCCUGGAUAAAUAUGAGGAACCCUGUAUUAAAAACUGCGUGGAUCGGUUCCUGGACGCGAAUUUGGUCGUGCUGAGGGAGUUGGAGAGGAUGAGGCAGUAAACUCCCUCCCCGUCCCAACAUCGAUGCGAGAACAGCGACGGUCGAGCCCACGGGUUGGCUGGGAGCAGUUCCUCUGACUGUAGCUGUUGCGAUUAGUUGGCAGAGCGGAUGGAUAUAUUCGUAGGUGUGGACUGGUGGAUGGACUACGCGCAAAUGAUAUACACGCGCACACACAGAAGAGAGAGGGAGGGAGGAACAGCACACAUGUAAUGUACGAUAUAAACCGAGGCACACGUUGGGUUAGACAUGUAUAAUGCCGCUUUCGGCUAUGGCCGUGGUGGAAAGCCCUAGUUAGAUCUCCAUUCUGUAUGAUAGUGAAAAGUUACUCGAAG